AUGUAAAAAAAAAAAUUUAAGCAAUAAUUACUACCAAAAACCACUCCAUAAUAAAGCAAGACCAUAAUUUUGAUAGAAAAUUUAGAUUAGGUAUGAAUGUCUUUAGUAUUUUUAUUUAGUGUAUUUCAGAGGAUUAUUUAUAUAGUAAAUUUAAAGUGGUAGGUGAAAUCCAAAGCUUGAAGAUUACAAAAGAUAAGAUUACUCAGAAAUCGAAAGGAUAAGCAUUUAUAACCUAUUCUCAUCCAGAUUCAGCCGAAGAAGCAAGGAAAAAAUUUAACAACUAAAUUUUCAUCAGAAAUAACAUCAGAGUCAAGCCAUACAUCAAAAAUUUUGUUAACGAAAGAGUUAACAUAUUCAUUGACAAUUUACCAAAUGAUGCUGAUAUUUUCGAAUUAGAAUAAGAAUUUAAUAGAUUUGGCACUAUCUUAUUGGUUAAUAUUCAUAGAGACAAUUUAGGAAAAUAAUUAAAGUAUAUGAUUAUAUUAAAAAAUUAGUUAUGGCUAUAUUCAAUUUGAGAAGAAGGAAGAUGCUGAUAAUUUGAUGAAGAGAAUUAUGAUUUACCCAAUUAUUUUCAAAGGAAAAUAGCUGAAAUUAAAAUAAUUCAAAGUUUAAACGGAGUAAAAAGUUGAAUCCAACUCAAUCUAUCUGAGGAACUUUGCUGUACCUUUAUAAUAGAAGUAUUAAGAAUAGGAGAAGGUUGUCAAAGCUAUUGAAUAUGGUUGGUUUUUGAUAAUUAAGGAUUAUUUUAUAAAAAACAGAAUUUAAGUGAAGAAUUGUGUUGUAAAGAUUGACUAAAAUACAAGAUAGCCUUGGACGAUAAUCACAUUCGAAACAUCAGAAAUAGCAAAAAUAAAUUUUAAUAUUUGUGAAUAAUUAAAAACGCAUCCAUGUAUAAAUUCAAGCGCUCAUCAUGCAUUGGAAUUAAUCAAUACACAUGGACCAUCUGUCAAUAAUGAUGGAAGUGAAAACUUCUCUAUUUCAGAAAUUACUUAGGUAUUCAAAGAAAUGGCUUAAGUUCAUAAUGACACCUUUAAAGGACAAAGUGAAAAUUUCUUUUACAAUAUGGUCUAAAAAAAGUACUUAAAUCCAGAAGAAAGAUUAAUAUUAGUUGAAAACAUUAAGUAUGAUGUCACAAAAGAGUAAAUCCAAAAUUUCUUAUCCAGAUUUGGAAACAUUAUUCGUCUAACAUUAAGAAAGACUAAGAAUCCUAUGUUAUAGGUUUAAGAAUGUCUUGUUUUUUAUUAAACUUUAGAAGAUUCAAAGAGAGCAAGAUCAGAGAUCUUAGAUGAAAAAAUUGAAGAAAUUUCUAAAAAAAAGAAAGAGAUUUUCAAGGAUGGACAUGUGAUAAUGAAUAUUUUAUUGUCCAAAACCAAAAGUAAGGAAAUUAAAGAUGACAAAAAACAAACUCAAGGCAUCUAAAAUUUAGGAGGAAAAUAAUUUCAACAAAUACCUUUGGGGGGAAUCAUCAAUAUGAUGCCUUCUAAAUUACCUUUCCUUUAAUUAAUGAGAACAUUUCACAAAGUGGCAAAAAAUAGUUCCCUCAAUUUAAUGGCAACUCAAUAUGUAAAAAAUCCAUUGAAGAAUAAUAAAUUCAAAUUUUAGACCCCCAUAAAGUAAGAAGUAAAUUUUUGGACUUACUUCGAAAUAUUUUAUAAUUAUACUGAUGUCUAAAAUAAAAUGGAAGAAUUCUUGAAGAUCCCUAAUGAGUUUUAAAGAAAUAUUCUUGGUAAUCUAUUGUUCUAAAAAAUAUUCGAAUUUGUUAAAGAUAAAGAGUCAACCAAAAAAUUGUCGGUAAUUUUAUACUUUAAUUAUCCAGGUAUGUUAAUAGAUCCAUUAUAAUUUGAAGUUUGUGAAAUCUUGAAUUUGCUUGAAGACAGUGAAGAUCUUCAGACUUACAUUGAUGAGGGUCUUAAAUAUAUUUAAGAAAAAACUCAAGAAUGA